AUGGCAACACAGGCUGCCGAGAAGCACGACGCCCUGACGGUUUGGGCCAACGACACAACUCACGACUUCUACUACCCUCCUUCCGAUUCACAAGUACCAGACGAUCCAGUCAGAACGGAACCUGGUCGCGCAUGGGAUGAGGCCGACUUCGCGAAGAAACAAGCGUCACUGGCCUACGCAGUCAACAAGAAUAAACCACCACACGCCGGAAGAUUUCCCAUUCGGACUAAACUCCAACCUCUCGAUAGCGGCUCGAAGAAAACGAUCUUGACCAACCAUUUCCAGCUGAAGACGCGCGACAAGGAACUCUACGAGUACGAAAUUCUCGAUCUCGACGCGGACGGUCCGACUCGGAAAAAGAUCCAGGCUUUGUUUCGUAAAGCAGUCGAUACAUGGCCUUUCCUUAACGCCCACCAGGACAGUUUCGCUACAGACGGCCAGAAAACCAUCGUAUCUUGGAAAAGCCUGCACAGUAACAUGGACCCUAGCACGCUCGAAGCAGGCGCUUCAUCUACUUGGCGCCGCGAUCUUGUAGUCAAUAGCGCUAUUACCAUCCCAGCGCGUUUCAGCUUCGUUGGAACGGUCGAUGUUGCUGGUCUCAUCCAGCAGAGCGAGAGUAACCCGGACCAAGAAAAGACUGACCAUACUUCUGCGGAGCGGUGUCUUAACAUCCUUAUUGCGAAGAGCUUUGACGUAAGCGUAGUCCGGCUUUCUGGAAAGAAAUUCUACGUAAGAAAAGCUCGCGCAAACCUUGGAAGUUCCACGUCGCUUGAGAUCAUUCGAGGCUACCAUUACGCUGUCAGGCCGGGUAUGGGAAACCUGCUCAUGAACUUCAACGUUGCGACUAGUGCAUUCUUUCGUCCAAUCCUUGUAAGCGAGUUUCUUGCGGAUCGUGGCACCUUUAGCAGCGACUAG